AUGGCAACCGGAGCAGUGCAACAUUCGCCAAAUGAGGCGCCAGGAACCAUGGUCUUUUCCAAGGUAAAUGGCAACCUACAUCACAGGGAAAAGCAACUCGUCGAGUCCCUCCGCCCUUCUCCGCGAUCCUCGAACCCUUUCCUCAUCACAGAGCGCCAGGACGAGAAGCAACUGUGCAUCUCCUCGAGGAGUUUGCAUGUGAAUGAUUUUGUGCUCGUCAAGACUCUUGGAACCGGCACUUUCGCUCGGGUGUGGCUCGCAAGGUUAAAAGACCAAAAGGACAAGGACAAAGUCUAUGCGUUGAAAAUUCUUCGAAAGGCGGACGUGAUCAAACUCAAGCAAGUGGAACAUGUGCGCAACGAGCGGAAGGCGCUCGCAGCGGUCGUUGACCACCCAUUCAUUACCACAUUGAUUGCAUCAUUCUCGGAUGAGAAGUGCCUCUACAUGCUGCUGGACUAUUGUCCUGGGGGUGAAAUAUUCACGUAUCUACGACGACAACGACGCUUUAGCGAAGAAGUCUCGACGUUCUACGCCGCCGAAAUAGCAAUGACAAUCGAGUUCCUGCACGACGUUCACGGAGUUGCCUACCGAGAUCUCAAACCGGAGAAUAUCCUGUUGGAUGCCGAUGGUCACCUCAAGCUUGUUGACUUCGGGUUUGCGAAGCAAGUCGAUAAUCGCGAGACAUACACAUUAUGCGGCACACCGGAAUAUCUAGCUCCAGAGGUCAUCCAAAACAGCGGCCAUGGACUUGCAGUGGACUGGUGGGCUCUUGGAAUCUUGAUUUACGAAUUCUUGAUCGGACAGCCUCCUUUCUGGGAUCAGAACCCUAUGCGCAUCUACGAGCAGAUUAUCGAAGGCCGUCUACGCUUCCCACCCAAUAUGCCGGCUGCAGCACAGAACAUCGUCUCCCUACUCUGUAAAACGAAUCCGACGGAACGACUGGGCCACAUCUCUGGUGGCUCGACUCGAGUCAAGUCCCAUCCGUUCUUUCAAGAUGUCAUUUGGGAUGAUUUGUUUUAUCGGCGGGUGAAAGGACCUAUAAUACCCCGCCUAUCACACCCCGCGGACACGGGUAACUUUGAAGAAUACCCGGAUCCCCCCGACCUCAGAAACACGAACAUUUACACGGAGGAUCUGAAGAAGAAGUACGAGCCAUUAUUCAGUGACUUCUGA